ACUUUCACACACAGCCACAGGUUUCAUUGACGUUCAGUUUUGAACAAGUAGCGGGGGGUAAACAAUACUACUGAACAGACGCUAUGUCCAUCCUCAGGAGAUUACCAAUAUAGAAAUGUCAUGGCGUCGAAAUCUGACCAGCUUCUCAUUGUUGUUUCUAUUCUUGAAGGUCGUCAGUUUCCCAAGAGACAGCAACAAACUUUAAUUGUACAAGCAAAGUUUGAUGGGGAACAGCUAGAGACAGACCCUGUGGAGCAUAAGGAACAGCCACAGUUUUGUACAGAGCUUGCAUGGGAGCUUGAUCGCAGAACGCUUCACCAGCAUAGACUCCAAAGGACUCCAAUCAAGUUACAGUGCUAUGCAAUUAAUUCCAAUAACUCUGCAAGAGAAUGUGUUGGAUAUAUUGUCUUAGAUCUCAGAUCUGUUCAGGAGGUUAAGCAGCCUCCGAAGUGGUAUUCUUUGCUAAGUAGUAAGUACACAAAACUGAAGCCAUCACUGUUGUUGAGCCUGGUCCUGGAGAAUGACACCAAACAGGCAACUGAUCAAUUUAAGGCAAAGAAAGCACCACCAAGACCAGGGUCUCCAAUAACGACAAAGCUUGAGUCAAUGAAACUAGAGGUGAUUCUAAAUGAAGAUGAAGGAUAUCAUCAAAUUGGACCAGCAGACCAUUGCAAAGAUCUGUUUGUUCUGUCCGUAACUGUAGCCUUUGCAACCAGACUAGAACAGCUAAUCUCCGGUUCAACAAAGCUGGUCAAUGAAGGCUCAGAUUUUUUCUUCUUCUACACACUUCUUGGCAAUGAUGUCACCAGCGAACCCUUCCAAAACCUCAUUAAUCCAAGCUUUGAGCCAGAACGAGCCUCAGUUCGUAUUCGCAGCAAUGAUAAAGUCUUGCGAGUUUUUUUCAGCCAACAGCAGAACCUUCAGAUCCAUCUCUGCUGUGGAGACCAGUCUUUAGGCAGCACUGAGGUCUCUCUUGCUGCCCUUAUGAAGAAUAGUGUGGACCUGGUUAAGCAGGUAGCCACUGUAGAGGGGGCCUUUGUGUUGAAACCACCAAAUCGCAUCCAACAGAACCGACAGCCUGUCCCAGUGGAUUUACAGCCAACAGUUGGGGUGGCAGUAACCUUGAGAAGAGAGGAUGCUGAGCUUUUAGAGUUGCCUAUUAAGGGUGGAGAGAGCCUUAAGACUCCAGUGAAAAAAAGCCCAGCAGUGCAUUUCUUUCCGGAGCCAACUCCAUCUGAGCAAAGACCCUGUAGCCCAUCUCCUGUCCGGUCCCAGAAAUCUCCUUCACCUUCCCCUGAACGUCAGCAUUCAGAAAGUGAAGCUGAGAGCCUGCCUGAUGAUGCAAGGGAAGCUCAGCCAGAACAGUCCGAUUUACCUAUGCCUCCAUCGACUGUGUCUGAAAAUGUGCUACGAGAGAGUGAACUAGAAAAUCCUGGAUCUUCCAUUACCGUUUCUGCUCCAAAGAUUGCCAUUCCAGCCUCAGCACAUCAUUACUGCUUCUCCAUAGACCUGCGCAGCAUCAGAGAUCUUAAUGUGAACUUCCCCGUGAACUGCACACUGAGGUAUGCCUACCAGUUUUUUGGGAGUGCAGCCCCGAUAAUGACGAAUCCUGCAGUGGAGAUUAAGAAGAACACAGAGGUAUUCCUGCCUCAGUCCUACUGUGCCUUUGAUUUUGCUGCACUGCCCAGUCAAUUACAGGAUACAUUUUUAAGGGUUCCGCUGGUGGUGGAAAUGUGGCAUAGAGACCCUGCUGCCAGAGAUGUCCUAAUUGGCAUGGCCAGCAUUCAGCUUUCCAACCUCCUGACUUCUGAAAAGACCCGCUUCCUUGGACAGUCUGGCCAGCACCACUGGAGACAGACUCACUCUCAGAGACUACCUGUUAUCAAAACAACAGGAUCAAAUGAAAAGGUGGCUGAACUUAGCUAUGUGACAGUUCUGGAGGAUAUGGGUUUAGUGAAAGCCCAGGAUGUCCUCUUAUCUGAAUCUUCACAGAGCGCUAAUAAGGUGUACAAUAAGCCAGCAGCUCCAGCUACACCUUACAGUGGGGCUGAGGUAGGGAAUAAGCCUCGGGAGACUCUGGAGUACCAGGCAGCACUGGAGCUUGAGAUGUGGAAGGAGAUGCAAGAAGAUCUAUUUGAAAACCAGCUGAAGCAGAAAGAACUAAGCCAUAUGCAGGCCCUGGCAGAGGAGUGGAGAAAAAGAGAUCGGGAACGAGAGGCACUCAUUAAAAAGAAGGAGAUGGAGUAUAAUCUGUUGGAAGAUCAGCUCCAGAAGACUCUAGCUGAUCUUGAAAAAAGAGAAAAGACCCUUGCUCAUGCAGAGUUGGAGACACAGAGGCUGCAAAGGGAAAUGCGUGUGGAACAUGAGUUCAGCAUGCGUGAGCUGCAGGACACCACCAGGCGUUUACGUGAAGACUGUGCUCACCAGGUGGAGCUGGAGAGGUCAAAGGUCAGGCAGCUUGAGGAGGACCUUGUAAGGCAUCAACAGCAGGUAAUAGAUGCUGAAAAGAAGUACAAACUCCUAGAAAAAGAAUUUCAACAUUAUCGUGACCAGCAGAACACUCGGCCUGAAAUCCAUUUACAGUCUGAGAUUAACCUGCUCCGACUGGAGAAGGCUGAACUGGAGCGAAAAUUAGAAUCAACAACAAAAUCUAAACUGCAUUACAAGCAGCAGUGGGGGCGUGCUUUGAAAGAACUGGCGAGAUUUAAGCAGCCAUACAUCAAAUGCAAAGGAAAGUGAGUAUGUUGUAUUUCACACGAGUAACAGAAAAUGGUAAGCAAGGCUAGCUCAAGACAAAUGUGCUUUUUCUUAGUGCAUUUCCUGCCAGAAGUAAAUUAUAAUUUUCCAGGGUUGAAGAAAACUUCUACAUGGUGAACUGAGAAACGGUAAGGCUGCCUGUAGCUUGUGGUGUUUGCUUUGAAACAUUGAACUCCUUCUCAAGUGAACCCUCUAAAGACUAAUACCAAUGUAAACAGAGGAGACGCAAAGAGCUUAUCAGGCCUUACUAAUAACUGUUAAAGACAGAGUCCAGCUGGAAAGUCUGAGUUGUCUUUUCCCUCUGCCUCUUUUUCUUUUUUCUCUUUAAGUGCCAGAUAUAUGUUAAGAAAACAUUGGUUGAUUUAUAAUGCACAAAGGGGUCUAUAACUUGAUAUGAAAGAGAGCUAUAAAUCAAUUCUGUAUUAUGCUAAGCAUUAGCCUGCAUAGUAACCAAUUCAACACGGAGUUCACUUGUUGAAAGAUCAAUAUAUGAAGUCUCAGUAUUCACGUAUGACAAGACACUUUGGCCCAUGUCUAGAAACUUACUGACUUUUUCAAUAUUGCAAAUAUAGUAUUAUUUGGAGGGCAUAGUGAACACUAUGACAUAUUAUAUUAAAGAUACUUAAUACUUAUUAAAACUAUACCGAUCUUUGUUAUCCUAAAUGCACAUUUAUCACCCACUCAGGGAAUAAAUUCUGUCUUCAACUGCUAACAUGGCAGGCCUUGCCUUAAAAAAAUUACUUUUUUAAAGCAUUUAUUUUGUCAAUUUGAAGAGCUGGGAAAACUUAAGCUAUGAAAUCCCCCAGGUGUUUGUCCUGUUCUUGUCAGCUCAGUCUUCAGCAAAAAACUGCAAUUGAGCUGUAGUCUGGAAGCCUUCUACACUCAAACGAGUCCUCUGUCUGACCCCCUCUGGAGGAAAGCCACAGGUCAUUCAUUGGUCACUCAGUUGCUUUUUUUCCUCCUUUGUCACCCCCAGGUCAAGGCAAGCCAAAAUAUGUUUGUGUACACAAUUUGUCAAGGUCCUAUAAUGCUUAGUUAGGCCAUCCUGCUGCCACACACCUUUUUACUGUCAGUUUAGGCCUCUGGAAAUAUUUAGGAUAGCCAUCAACCACAGGUAGCAAAGGAAACACUUCAGCUCUAGGGACCUUAAGAAAAUCUGCAGGAUAAUUGUUUCAGUGUUUUUCUUUUCCAUUUGCUUGGCUUUAAAUGGUAUGGCCAUGUCUUGGUGGGUUUGUUUUUCUUGCAAUUUAGGUUCUUGCAAAUGUAUUAUUGGCUUCUAAUGCUCCAUGAAAAGACAAAAUUAAAUUAGAUUAUACAUAAACAUUCAGUGAUAAAAUUAAACCAAGUCAUUAAGCCAGCUUUUAUGGAAUAGCUUGUAAAAUUUUCACACAGGCUUUCUUCUGUCAUCAAAUGGUCCAGGAAUAUUGAUGUGUGGUUUCUUAAUGGUAAUGUAGGAUCACUUUUAACCUCAGAUUUCACCAGUUGCCACUUCUGAAGGUCAAAUUCAAUUAAAUGACCAUUUUAAUUGGUAGUGUGCUGUAUUUCUGCAAGGUAAUUAGCUGACAGUGUAAGUUAAUCAUUUAUCAAUUAUAGGGAUAUUGGAAUGUCUCACAAUGUUUUUUAUAAUGUGAUGAUGGAUAUAGAUGGAGAUGGCUAGGCAGACUUUGAGUCCACAAGGGGUAUUUAGCAAUAGAUUCAUUACUAUUUUUCCUUUGUUUUUCCCUACAUGCAUCACCAUCUAAAAUGUGUUGAAUCUCUCUUUCUUGUCCUGGGUUUUUAUUCUUUUCAGAGAGAACAAGAGAAUGCCAUGAUACGGCUGAAGAAGCAGCAGCAAGAACUGGAGCACAUGAGGAUACGGUAUCUGGCAGCUGAGGAGAAGGAAGCUGUCAAGAAUGAGAAACACGAGCUUCAGGACAUCCGCAAUGAGCU